AUGGUUCGAAUUAAGUUCACCGGGCCUCCCUCGACGGUCCAGGUACAGACUCCGCAGAAUCUCCGGUCCCUUGCCGCUGACAGCAGGCCUGUUGCUCGCAUCAGGGCACAAGAUGUGAUCGAAGCUUCCGCCAUAUUGAAGCUCCAAGAAAGCAUGCAUUUGAAGCAGCUGCAAAGCUUGGAGAUGGUCCAGAUCAUGCUACAUGUCUCGUUCGGAACACUUUUCUAUCUUCGGGAGUUUUUACCGCUUCCAUGUUUCGACGAUCGGGACCUGAGAGAAGCUCAACGAGAAGGCGAUCUUUCUUAUCGGCAAUUCAUUGACAAGAAGACACACAGCGAAGUCCUCGCUUGCAAAGAAGACGUACCAUUUGGCAGAGGCAAGAAAGGUCAGCCGUUGAAGAUCAUACUCCGGGGGUCAGAUCCCAAAGCGGAUAUGAUACUUGAUAUUCUGGAAACCGGCAUCUUCGAUGCACUCAGCAAAAACGUGCUUGAAGCUGUUCAAUUGACCAUACUCGUCGAUAAGGAUGCGCCCGAGAAUGUACUAGAGUCAUACACAUUCUCCUUCAGAUACACAGGGGUGGACAAUGAUGUCAACACUCGCCUUGAAAGCUUAUCUAUCGAGCCAAUGGGCUGUGUGGCCGACAUGAAAACAGCACAAACAGCCCGGAUAGGCCUAGAGACGAUCGUAAGGCGUUUGAUCACUCUUAGUGCCUUUCUUCCCACUCUGCCGAACAAGAGAAGCCUAGGGGUUCACCUUUUCUAUACGGAGGAUUGCCCUCUUGACUAUGAACCUCCGGGGUUCAAUGGGGCAGAGGAUGAUACGAUCAAAUUCCCACUCAACGAGAACUGGAAAAGGGAAUCGCAGUCUUGUGGACAAAUGAACAGCGGACGACAUACUGUUGGGCUUAAAGUCACCUCGCUCAAGUGGAUUGGCCCCGAGCCCGAGGGAGCAGAACCGCUACCUCAGAUACCUCCUGAUCUUGAGUUCAACGACCCCGUGCGAAGAAUGAAAGAUAUAGGGUUUGAUGACAAGGAGGGCAUCUUGCGCAUACUGGGAGGUAGUGGCAGUGCAUCUAGGGAGAAUUCCUUACGCCAGGACACCGAUCUUUGCUUAUCGUUUUGCCAGAAAGCUGAGUAUGAGAAAGUGUCUACGCAGGAUCUUGUGGAAAAGCAUCAAUUACAAAUGAUGCUACCUUCGCAAGGGACCGAAGGUUUGGAUGGUGAACUGGUACCUACACAGCCAAUUAAACCUGGCACUACGUUUGAGAACGGCAAUUUAACGAAGAGUCGGAAAUUUGUCCUCACAGAAGAAAGCAGGUACAGAAUCCAGAAAUAUCUGCAUUCACAUCACUCCAUUGCUACGAGAACAGUCGAGGAGCAAAACCGUGUCAGAUGCCAAUGUGGUUGGGAUGGUGAAGAGGAGGCCAUGGCCCAAUGUGCCUUUUGUCAAACGCGCCAACAUUUGUUAUGCUACGGAUACGAAGAUGCCCAUGACCCAAGAGUUCCCGACAUUCAUGCUUGCUAUCGAUGCUUGCUUACGCCAGACGAACCUCAAUUGCUCCAUGAGAUGAAUAGUUUGGUACUUUUGAGGAGAGCAGUGAGGAUCAUAUCAAACGAAGGUUAUCCCCAUAGAACGUCAUUAUUCACACAGAAGCUUCAUUGCAACGGGCAUACCACUGUCCAAAUCACUGAUCUGCUGAAGAAGCGCAGACUCCUCCAGCCGACUCCGGGAAGUAAAGUCAGAGGAUUCUCACUAAAGGGCUUGCCCAGGUUCAUGUUCCCUAGCUCGGGGGACAUCCAACUCCGACUACAAGCAGAGAUACUUAGCCCCAUGAUCAAAAUUCAGCAUCAUUACGUCCACGAUAUUCCGCAGGACUCGUUUCAGCCAUCUCAAGUAGUGACAAAUGAUGAGUUACACUGCAUCACAAGAUCAUUUUCUCAGGAAGAUGAACAAGAAGAAUCGCUUCUUGAUGCCCACGAAAGUGGAAGGAAGACACCCGAACCCACGGAGAAAUCCACUAGCAUGGUAGCAGAAACCCGAAGUCGGAAGAGACUGGCGUCAUUGGCAAACGAACACAGUCAACCCAAUACCCCGAAAGAUACUGCUCAAAAAGAUGCGUCCCCAACAAAGCUAGGAAGUGAUCGAGUCCUGAGGAAAGACAGUAGGAAUCAAGCCGAACAGCAAGUCAAAUCCGUCAAAAACGUAACCCCUCGCUCCAAGCAAACACCCAAUCGUCGGGUUUCUAGCGAAGGCAGUGUACGCCGCAGCAACCGAAAGAGGCGCAAGAUCAGCAAUUACUCCAAAUUUGUCGAUGUUGGCGCGGAGCAUUCUGAGAACGACAGUUCCUAG